AGGAACCCUUUUAAAGCUGGACCAAAAAAGCAGAUUGUCCCGAAAACAGUAGAAAGGGACUUUGAACGAGAAUAUGGCAAGCUUCAACAGCUAGAAGACCAGACCAAAAAGCUACAAAAAGACAUGAAGAAAAGCAUAGAGGCAGAUUUAGCCAUGUCUAAGUCGGCUGUCAGGAUUUCCUCAGACCUGUUAGGGAACCCCUUGUGUGAACCAGAUGCAGAUUUUCUAUCAAUGGUGACCGCAUUGGACACAGCAAUGAAACGUAUGGAUGCAUUCAAUCAGGAAAAGGUUAACCAAAUUCAGAAGACUCUGAUGGAUCCUUUGAAAAGGUAUAGCAGUGUCUUCCCCUCGCUGAACAUGGCUGUGAAACGUAGGGAGCAGGCUCUGCAGGAAUACAAAAGACUCCAGACCAAGGUGGAGAAAUAUGAGGAGAAGGAGAGGACCGGGGCUGUGAUUGCGAAGUUGCACCAGGCCAGAGAAGAAUUGCGUCCAAUUCGGGAGGACUUUGAAAUAAAGAGCCGCCAGCUAUUGGAUGAAAUGCCAAAGUUUUACAAUAGUCGCAUAGAUUUCUUCAAACCCAGCUUUCAGUCGCUAAUCCGAGCCCAGGUGGUGUAUUACACAGAGAUGUCAAGAGUGUUGGGAGAGCUAGCUCAACAGGUGGAUGAGAUCCAGCUCACAGAUGCUGAAAGAGAGAGGGAGAAUGAAGCCAAGCUAGCUGAGCUGCGUGCUUUGUCCAUUGUAGCAGAUGAUUGA